CAAUCACAGUCAUCUCACUUCCACAAUCCAAAUCCCAAUCCCAAUCCCGCUCCUCCAACCACCACUUCCAAACAUCCCACCCACCGCCAAAAUGGUCAAGAUCACCUCCAUCGCCCUCGCCGUCGUGGCCACCCUGACCCCCUUCGUCGCGGCCAAGAACUGCCAGACCGGAUUGCAGUACUGCGGUUCUGUUCUCCUUCGGAGGGGAAACUACUACUCCCAGAUCGUCAGCGCGCUUGAGUCUGCGGGCGAGUCCACCGAUCCCGACCACAUCCAGCACACUCUGUUCCAGUGCGUCGGUGGAAGCAACGGCGACAUUGAUAUUAUCAAGUACUGUGGCUCGACUUGCCAGGAUGGCGGUAACAACCAUAGCGAUACCUGCUAGAUGGGUGUUGGGGUCGUUGGUUAAGAGGGGGUGCUAUUAUAGUUAGUUCGAUUGGGGUUGAUGGUUAAAUUUUGAUGCUUUUCUGUUUGAUGGAG